UUGAUGAUAUUCCGCUGACAAAGUGAAAACGUCAAAAUUCACGAAAGAACAUCAAAAUAUUAAAAAUGACAAUACAGGAGAUGUGACAGCUUCAAUGAUAUCGCAAGUCACAGCGAGGCGUAUAUGAAAAAGUACUUACAGAAACACGUCAGUCUCUCAUCCCAUGAGCCAUACAUAACGGAAAUGCCAGUCAUCAGCUUCCGGAGAUCGCACUGAUACUGAAUAAAAACCAAUGACUCCACUUCGCCCUCACGGUAAGGGCCAUUCUCCCACUCUCGACUUCAUUUUUUAUUCUCCAAUCGUUGUUCUUCGCUGGAAGCACGUCGAUAAAAUUGCUCGCUGCACUUCAUUUACAUUUAAUGUUUAGAACAGCAAUUCGUUCGUUCAUUGUUCGACGAAGAACAAUAAUAGCCGGAUAAAAAAGAAAAAAAGAGUCACAAACAUUGUACGUACCUCUCGACAAAAACAACGACAUUUUCCAUGAUAAAAAACCCUGCUCCAAUCUAUGCAUCGAACGGAAAACAUGAGAACGAAAGAAACUGACAAUGGAACUAAGAGCAAUUUUACUGAUUGUCCACUUAUAAAAUUGAGGGAACGUAAACACGCGGAAGAAUAUCCCCAUCAAAGGGAAUAAAAAUCAGAGCUCCAUCUGUUCUCAUUCUUCUUUACUCCGUUUUACUUUUUUGUCGCACUCGCGGCGUAUUUCAAAAGACCUGGACGAGGCCCAUUCCGUUUUUCGAUACGAUUCAAAGGGAAUAACUAAUGAUACAAAAGGAACGCGGUUCGUCGUCAGGCAAUUUUCUUUCGAUCAGUCAUCAACAAACUUUGAGACCGUAUUAAAGUAAACGCCUCGACUAGAGAAUAAGAUGGCGAAAAUCGAAUAUUUUCGAGGCACCAACAGACUGAACAGCCUCGCAAACUUGUUGUCCGGCAACAUUUUGCCCUUGUGUGAUGAAAGAAUCGAGUUAAGUUACGUUUCCUUAGUGUGGGUGACAUUCGUGUGGGUCGUCAGAUCAACUUAUUUCUUAACGGUGUUAGCGGGCUCGUUCUAUUUUGCGAAUUUGACGACCAAAGAGGCCUUCAAAAAAUCGGGUGCCGCAAUCGCAGUAUUUUUCGAGCUUAUCAUUCCGACGAUUUAUUUGAAUGUUCGCCGAAAAGAUUUGCGCGAAUUGGUUCGAAAGUAUAAUCAAACUCUGAUCGACUCCGAGGAUCUGAGAAAAAUGGUUUGCGAUACCGUCGAGCCGUACAGAAAGGGGCUACAACUCUACGUAAUCGUGUGUCUAAUUACCGCUUCUUCGUGGUCAGCUGCACCGAUUUUCAUCACUUUCAAAAACGACCGGUUCACAUACGCCGAUUACGCUGCCCCAGCUUACCUGCCCGGGGAACCAUUCACCGUCAACGUUUUUCGAGCCGGCGUCGCGUUACAAAUUCUAGGAGGUUCUUUCACUUCGUUUGGAAAAAUCAGUAUCGAUGUCUACGUCACUCAUUUCAUCGCAGUCUCAUCCGCCGAAUAUAAAUACGUUGGAGCACAGUUAUCCGAUGCCCUGCGUCAGGAGGACGACGAAACUGCGCUCGUCAAUGCACUCCGGACUUGCGUUCGGCAUCACGGUGCGAUUAUCAAAAUCGGUCGGAAGCUUUCUGAUCUGUUGGCUCUUCAUAUUGGCACGACGUAUGUUUCAUGCAUUAUGAAAUUAUGUUUCUUAGGCUACGGCGUUAUUACAUUCGAGAGCGCUCCCGUUGAAAAAGCAGCGUACAUGGUAUACGCCGCGGCUUGUAUCUUCCAACUUUUUCUUCUCUGCUCCUGUAUUCAAGAAUUACUCGAUGUGAGCACAUCGGUAACACACGACGCAUUCCAUGAAAAUUGGCACGCUCGCAGUACUCUCGUGAAGAAAAUGUUUUACACAAUGGAAAUGAGUAAUGCGAUGGAAUGCCGACUGAGCGCUUAUCGAGUCGUCGAUCUCGUCGUGCCGUCAUUGGCGCAGAUACUCAGCAAAUCCUACUCGGUUUGUCUGCUCCUUCUCGAAGUCAACUAAAUCAUUCGUCGACACUUGUACUUUGAAAGAACAAUAUAAACAUGAGUUUUAUCAAAUUUUCGAUUCUCCUACUUCAAACGAAACCACCCAGCACUAUUCCUGCCAAGAUGACAAUUCCGGACAAUUCUCAACACCAGAAAGGCCAGGAACAGAAAUGUCAUAAAAACUGUCCCUUCAAUGGACUCAAACCACUCUAAACUCGACGAAAAUUGAAAACUCUUAAAAAUCCUACGACCUUCAAAGCAUUAACGAUAAAAUAGCCUCGACCGUUUUUUCGUUUGAAUUCUUUCAAUUCAUACGUUUUUGACGCCCACAAUCUGUAAUUUUUCGUUCAAAUACUCCUGGAAAUAAAUAUUUCUGUUAUCAUAAUUCCAUAUUUUCGCAA